UGGCUUUGAAAUUGCUUGAUGUGUCCCCCGUUUGUACGUGGUGUUGCGAAUUCGCUUCGAGGCGGGGGCUGGAGGAGAAAGCGUGUGAUGGAACGGAAUGAAUGUCAAAGAGCCUCAAGUUCCGAAUCUGAGGGAAGCAGCCUGCUGGACUUGCCUGAGGACAUAACUCCAGAAAGCUUUCUAUUGAAGCCGAACCCUGGGGAAGAUAAAGCAUUUGAUUUAACGCUACCAGCAGUUGAUGCAGGUUAUUUCCUGACAGAACCCAACAAUCAGUAUCUCCCAAGGCCGGAUGCCAAAGGCACCGUCACUCAGUGGCCUUACCUCUAUGAAAGGAGAGAGUCUGCCAGCUGCGAGAACACAGAACACCUUCAACGGAGUGAAAUUGAGGUUUCUGAGCAAAGGAGAGAAGGGGAAUCCACCCUUAGAAAAUCUCUGGAUGCAUUCUACAGGACUUUGUGCCAGAAGAAGCCCUCUGGAGGGAGUCCAAGAUAUGAAUCAACUUCACAGUGUCUGUCCCUUAAGACUGCAGAUCUUGCAGGCAAGGAGGGAAUGAAAUUUAUAGUGAAGAAUCUCCAAAUCGCUCAACUGGUUUUGAACAGAGAGGAGAAUAAAAUCUUUCCCCAGCCUCCCGGCAACCACUUCUGCCUUUUGACUCCCGUCAGUGCCGAUGCUAAUUCAGAGAAAGGAAAAGCAAUCCCUGGACUCUCAGACGAUGUCUUUCGAUUUAUCUUAAAACAGAAUGCACUGAAAUGAUGCCGGGCCUGAGCGUAUUUCUAAAAUCCAAGAAUUGAUAAGAUUUCUUUAGCUAGGGAAUGAAUUGUUAAUAACAACUUGAUAGAACCAAGAAUAUAAAGAAGGCGCAUGAUUGAAUUGCGCAUAAAGGCACAUAAAGCAAUUGCUCUUAAUUAUUACUUAUGUCAGUGAUUGGAGAGUACAUUUUCUGUACGCAAAAAAAAAAAGCUUGAGACUCAGGCUUGAUUAUGUCCAAUAUUAAUAAUUCCUUUUCUUCUAAGAAUAGAAUUGGAUUUGAAAAUGUUCUGUUUGAAAACUAGCAGGCUUUCAGGUUAAAAUAUAAAGCUAGAAAUAAUUGCUUCUACUUCUAAAUGAAUUCAUGAGAGGAGAUAAGCUUUGCAAAGAAUAGCCUUGUUGUAAUGGAGACACCAGCAAUAUAUGGUAUAAACUGUUGAUACGGUUCCUUAUGAUCCUAAAUGUAAUCCUCCGUAUUAUCCUAUGUUGCUUUGACUAAUAGGAGUCAAAAUUCACAUCUAUAAGGUGACAGGUUGCUCUCCUUGCGCUAAUAGGGUUCCACCACAAAUGCGCGCACAACAAAAGCGCGCCUGACUAAACCGCAGUGUCUAAAGCGCGGUGACAAAACCGCGCGACUAAUUAGCGACUAAUUACCCCUAAAGCGCGCCAACAAAAGCGUGCCGACAGAAGUGCGCUGUAACGUAACCCUCAACCUAACC